AUGCUGAUCAAAGUGCGGACAUUGACAGGGAAGGAGAUCGAGCUAGACAUCGAACCGGACUACAAGGUGUCGCGAAUCAAGGAACGUGUGGAGGAAAAGGAAGGGAUCCCGCCUGUCCAGCAGCGGUUGAUCUAUGGUGGCAAGCAAAUGUGCGAUUGA